AUGGACCCAAAAGGUCAGAAAGCGAUAGCUCUUCCUAAUAGCCUGGAAAACACUAUCGACAACAUUUACAAGUAUGAUAAACCUUCGAAACAUAAUAAGCACGUGACCAUUCUUAGCGCCAGCCCAGGCCUGUGUUACCAGCCGUGCCUUUUCAUUUUUUGGCGGCCAUGGUUAAUAGGUCUCUCCAUUCUGUGGUCCCCUUUCUCAACUCUCCUUCACUCCCUUAGUCGUCUGUUCGGACUCCCUGACAGGAAACGUGAGAAACUCAACGAAGAUAUAGAGCAGUGCAAGACUCCAGCAGCCGCUCAUCCAACUGUUCCUUCGAAUUACUCCAAAGAUACCACAACUCUCAUUAUCCCGGGUCUAUGGAUGCGAGAAGUAAACCCCGAUCUAGCAGACGACUACUUUCAUCCACCAGCCAACACAAAGGCAGAUAAUAUCUAUGUGUCUAAGGGAGUGCUUUUGGAUAUCGGUGGAACUGCAUAUCUUGAACGUCCUCCCUCAGGGGAAGUGAUUAAAACACCCAUUCCAGAUCCAGACCCGCGAUGCUACCGGGAAAACUGCCGAGAUAUGCGCAUUGAAGCUCGUGUUUAUAAAAUACUAGGCGAUCAUCCGCAGACGUGUUGCAUCAGGAUGGAAUACGUAUCCCACGGUAAUUUAAAGGAAUACAUGCUCCAGAAUGAGGAGAAUGUAUCUCAUAAGCUUCGCCUGCGAUGGGCGAGGCAAGCUGCAGAAUGAAUCGCCCUCCUUCAUUCUCAUGAUGUACUUCACUGUGAUAUCUCACCUCGGAAUUUCCUGUUGGAUGAAAACUUGGAUCUCAAAAUAUCUGAUUUCGGCGGUGUUUCUAUUUCCGGUGCUGAACCAACUGCUACUGCAGGAACAAGGUUUAGGUGGCCUGUCAUGGACUGGGACAUUCCUCCUACAGUUGAAGA